UUAGUUUCGGUAUGAUAUAGCUAGCUUUGUUAACAGUCGGGAUGCAGGAUAACAAUGUAAGCUAACGUCAGCUAACGCUUCUUUUCACGAUAAGGAACCAGCUAAUGAUGGUGAUUCUCCUGACCUAAUCCACGCUCGUUUACUGAGUUUAGUUGGCUAAGAAACCACGAAGAAAACUAGCAUGGCAGAUUUUCCUCAACCGGAACAAGUUUAACGUUAUGUGGCUGAAACAGCUAGCUCCCUAGUGGUACAGUGCGACAAGUUUUUUCACGGUUAGAGAGGACGCUUGGCAAUGAGACGCCUCCUGAGUUUGGUCGUUAAUGCCCCUAAAAUAAUCCGGACUAUGUGGCACACCAUCUCUCCACUUAAAUUAAAACAAAGACAUGCUCUGCUGUGCACGUCGUCUUUCCAGGGAGACAGCAUUUGCAAUGGGACGCACAGCAACAAAAAGGCGUUGCUAUCAGACCCUCAGCUGUUUGACGCCCAGUUUGACGAGCUGGUGACGGAGCUGACAGAGAGGGACCUCGCCGACCCUGCGCUGGCUGAUGCUCUGACCAGGUUGAGAGAGGUUUUGGUGUACAAUUCCCCAGGAGGUAAGAGGAACCGGGGCCUGUCUGUGAUUGGCUCACUGAGGGAGCUUCUCCCACCCUCUCAGCUUACACAGGACACAGUGCGGCGGGCUCUGGUGGUUGGCUGGUGCAUUGAGUUGCUUCAGGCGUUUUUCCUCGUAGCCGAUGAUAUCAUGGAUGGAUCUGUGACUCGGAGAGGACAGCCCUGCUGGUACAAGAAGGAUGGGAUUGGUCUGGAUGCCAUCAAUGAUUCUUUUCUCUUAGAAGGGGCGAUCUACAGACUGCUGCGCAGACACUGCAGGGAUCAGCCCUACUACGUCCACCUACUGGAGCUGUUUACUGAGACAACUUUCCAAACCGAGCUUGGCCAAGCUCUAGACCUCAUGACGGCUCCUCCUGGUCAGAUUGACCUCAACAGAUUCACCACAGAGAGGUAUAAAGCUAUAGUGAAAUAUAAGACUGCCUUUUACUCAUUUUACCUCCCGGUGGCAGCUGCGAUGUACAUUGCAGGAAUUGAGAGUGAGAAGGAACACAGUAAUGCCAAACACAUCUUACUGGAGAUGGGAGAGUUCUUUCAAAUACAGGAUGACUACUUAGACUGUUACGGAGACCCUGCGGUGACAGGAAAGAUUGGUACAGACAUCCAGGAUAACAAAUGCAGCUGGCUGGUGGUGACGGCCCUGGAAACCAUGACUCCUGAACAGAGAGCAGAGCUGGAGGCAUGUUACGGGCGCCAUGACGAUGCGUGUGUGGAAAAGGUCAAAGCACUGUACAACACCCUGCAAAUGCCAACACUGUACCAGAAAUAUGAGGAAGAGAGCUACCAGCGGCUACAGAAACUCAUCGCUAGUCACGCUCAAAACCUUCCUCACUCGGUCUUCCUCAACUUUGCGAAGAAAAUCUACAAGAGGAACAAGUGAGAGGGAACGCUGGUCAUGAACGUGCAGCGUACAUCAGAGUGGCUCCCUUAUGACUUUUAUCAUGAUGCACAGAUCAAAUCCUCUGUCUUUUAAGAGGGUUUGUCAGGGACGAGGCUCUGACUCCAAACAGCAAGACCUGAACUUAAAAAAUCCUGCAGGCAGUUUUAAGAUUUGUAGUUAUUUGGUUAUGAAUGUCAGCAAACACCUCUUUAAUAAAUACGACAUAUUUAUUGAACCCAGUGCAUAAUGUACAGCGUCUCCAGUUGUUUCUCCACGGAUAGAAGACUGACACUGAAAUUUAUCACAUGUUGUCUAGCUUUCAUGUUGGUCUGCCCUGAGGAGUGCACGGUGCAAAGUAGUUUUAAUUUUGUAGGAAUAGGUUUAUUAAUUGAUUAGGGACUAAAAGGAACAGUACAUGUAUGAAAGCAAAUGUAUCCUGACAGGAGACAAAGGGUCAAACCUCAUCAGCUUUCCAAUUCUGUAUAUUUUUAUAUUGCUGCUGUAAAGUCUGUACUGUCCAGAGUGUUAUAGCUUUUAAUAAAUUGUAUAUAAAAGUA